AUGCUUUGGGAAAACGAGAGAACACGAGCUCCUCUCGACUACACGGAGCCUAUCCAAGUUCUCAUUGAUGCAAACGGUUUUCGCUUGACUUCAAAGCAGGGAGGCGAUGUGCUUUUCGGACCCGGCAACCCUAAGAUUGUUCAUCCAAGAAGCUUGGCUCGCAAUCGAUUCUUUCACAUUGAGCUCAUUCUUUCAAGAAUCCCACAUUUGCUCGUUAAUCAGUUUGCGGUUGCCACCGCUCAACAAGCGUGGAACGUUAUGUUGGAAUUUGAUGAUUGUGUGCAGUUUUAUCCUAUGAUGGCCGAAUUAGGUCGUCAGCAAUAUGCGGAAAAUCUUGACUGCUGGGCUUUGAUGGGCUAUGUUCCUCCAUCUUUCAAUACAUCAUCAAUUCAUCGUUCG